GCCAGUCCCAGCACUCCAUCUCUGGCACACAUGAUGCAGGAGAGGGGAGCUCUGAUGCCUUCAGGAGAACCCCCUAUGCCCAGGCGGAGUGGGUGAGGAGGAGCAAGGAAGACAUGUUUUGAGAGGUGCUCCAAUCCUUAGACACCGAAAAACAAGAACACAGGGUGUCGAGAGAGACUGUAAAUGAAAAUUAUAUAAUACCCAGGACAGGAGGGAGAGCCAGGAGCAAUUUUACAGCCAGAAGUGGAUGAUAAAAGUGAUGGAGGAGCAAACGGAAAUGUUGAAAUCCCUAAUUACACUGCAGGGGCUGUUGAAAAAUGGUGUGAAACGCAAUUGGAAGCCCAUGGAAUGAUGGGACAGAAAAAACUGCAUCAUGGGCUAUUGAGCCCAUACCCAUGUUGCACUGUGAUCCACUCUGUCUUCCCACAACUCCUAGCCGCAGAAGAAUUUGAUGAUGCAGCUAACUUGCUGGCAGGAAACCCAGAUGCCACCACAAUAAGUAUUGAUGAGCCUAAUGAAAACCCCAAGAAUCGGUAUGGCCUUCUGCAAGACUCUAGGAGAGAGGAGGAGGAUGAGUUACUGGGGACUGAUGACUCAGAUAAAACUGAGUUACUUGCAGGACAGAAGAAAAGUGCCCCCUUCUGGACAUUUGAAUACUACCAGACUUUCUUUGAUGUGGAUACAUAUCAGGUCCUAGACAGAAUAAAAGGCUCGGUUUUCCCAAUACCAGGAAAAAACUUUGUAAGACUAUAUAUACGCAGCAAUCCAGAUCUUUAUGGUCCAUUUUGGAUAUGUGCCACAUUAGUCUUUGCCAUUGCCAUUAGUGGUAAUCUUUCAAAUUUCUUCAUCCAUCUGGGUAAACCUGCAUACCGGUAUGUGCCUGAGUUCAGAAAAGUGUCCAUAGCUGCAACAGCUAUCUAUGCUUAUGCUUGGCUGGUUCCUCUGGCUCUCUGGGGAUUCCUUAUGUGGAGAAAUAGCAAAGUUAUGAACAUAGUCUCCUACUCGUUUCUUGAGAUAGUGUGUGUCUAUGGCUAUUCGCUCUUUAUUUAUAUUCCAACAGCUAUUUUGUGGAUUAUUCCACAAAAAGCUGUACGAUGGAUCUUGGUAAUGUUUGCUCUGUGCCUUUCGGGGUCAGUUUUAGUAAUGACAUUUUGGCCUGCUGUUAGAGACGAUAACCGAAGGAUUGCACUGGCUACUAUGGUGACUGUUGUACUUCUUCAUGCCCUGCUUGCUAUUGGUUGUUUGGCAUACUUUUUUGAUGCUCCUGACCUGAAUGUUCUUAUACCUACUGCAGCUGCUCCAAAUGGAACAAUAGUAGCAACAAAGACUCAGUAAAAAGAUUACAAUGCCUGUAUUCCCAUCUGUACAGUAAUUUUAUUUUAGAUAUUUUUUUCACUGAAGAAAAUGGAAAUUGCAAAAAUUGAAAGAGGAAGAGCCAGUACAGUUACAUGACUCAUGGACAUCUAAAUGCUCAUCAGAACACUACUAGACUUCUAAUACUGUUGACCUUAUUCCUUUUACAGGGAUUUUCUUUUUUCUUAAUUUCUGCAUACCUUGCACUCAUUGCAGUGUAUAUCUCAGAAUAAAAUGCUCCAGAGGGUG